ACCUGAGACAGCCAACAGGUGUCAUCGCCAUGGCUUAUCUAGGACUCUCCUCGGAGGCACCAACCAUGGGUGAAGGGCAGGCCCUAGCCAUCGAGGACACAGACAAGGAGCUGACUGCAGCCCCUACACCUGAGCAGCCAGAACACGGAGGAAUCCAUUUUGUCACCACUGCCCCAACCCUGAAGCUGCUCAACCACCACCCGCUGCUAGAGGAAUUCCUCCAAGGCCUGGAGCAGGGAGAGGAGGAGCUGAGGCCCGCGCCGCCCUUCCAGCCGGACCCACCGGCACCCUUCCCUCCGAGUCCCCUCCCUCGCCUGGCCAACCAGGAUAGCCGCCCCAUCUUCACCAGCCCCACUCCGGCCACAGCUACAGCACCCGUUCAGCCCCAGACCAGGGAGGGACCCUGGAGCCUGGAGUCAGAGCCCCCUGCACUUCCUGUCACGACUCCUCUACCUCCAGGGCCCAGCCUGGCGGUGCCCACCCCAAGCCCAGGGGAGAAGCCCAGCACUACGCCCCCUGGCAGAACCUGGACUCCCACCCAAGAAGGUCCAGGCGACAUGGGCAGGCCAUGGGCUCCAGAGGUCGUGUCUCAGACCACUGGACUCAGGCUUGAAAGGACCACGGCCACCUCCACAGCUUCGGGGGACGAUGAGGAGACCACCUCUACGACCACCAUCAUCACCACCACCGUCACCACAGUCCAGGCACCAGGCCCUUGCAGCUGGAAUUUCUCCGGUCCAGAGGGCUUCCUGGACUCUCCCAGAGCUGCCAAUGCCCCCUCGGAGGUCGGCCUGGACUGUUUCUACUACAUUUCUGUCUAUCCUGGCUACGGAGUAGAAAUCAAGGUCCAGAACAUCAGCCUCCGGGAGGGAGAGACUGUGACAGUGGAGGGCCUAGGGGGACCGGACCCAUUGCCCCUGGCCAACCAAUCUUUCCUGCUCCGGGGUCACGUCAUCCGAAGCCCCACCCACCAAGCGGCCCUGAGGUUCCAGAGCCUCCCACCACCUGCAGGGCCAGGCACCUUCCACUUCCACUACCAAGCUUAUCUCCUGACCUGUCACUUUCCCCGACGUCCAGCUUAUGGAGAUCUUACGGUCACCAGCCUCCACCCAGGAGGCAGUGCCCGCUUCCACUGUGCCACUGGCUAUCAGCUGAAAGGUGCCAGGCUCCUUACCUGCCUCAAUGCCACCAAGCCCUUCUGGGACUCCCAAGAGCCAGUCUGCAUCGCUGCCUGCGGCGGGGUGGUCCGCAACGCCACCAUCGGCCGCAUUGUCUCUCCGGGGUACCCCGGAAACUACAGCAACAACCUGACGUGCCACUGGCUGCUCGAGGCGCCCGCGGGCCAGCGGCUGCACCUGCACUUCGAGAAGGUUUCCCUGGCAGAGGAUGACGACAGGCUCAUCAUCCGCAAUGGAGACAACGUGGAGGCCCCGCCCGUGUACGACUCCUACGAGGUGGAAUACCUGCCCAUCGAGGGCCUGCUCAGCGCUGGCCGACACUUCUUUGUGGAGUUCGGCACCGACAGCAGCGGGGCAGCGGCGGGCAUGGCCCUGCGCUAUGAGGCUUUCCAGCAGGGCCAUUGCUAUGAGCCUUUUGUCAAAUACGGCAACUUCAGCAGCAGUGCGCCCUCCUACCCCGUGGGCACCACGGUGGAGUUCAGCUGCGACCCUGGUUACACCCUGGAGCAAGGUUCCAUCAUCAUCGAAUGUGUGGACUCCCACGACCCCCAGUGGAAUGAGACGGAGCCGGCCUGCCGAGCCGUGUGCAGCGGGGAGAUCACAGAUUCAGCUGGCGUGGUGCUCUCCCCGAACUGGCCGGAGCCCUAUGGCCGAGGGCAGGACUGCAUCUGGGGCGUGCACGUGGAGGAGGACAAGCGCAUCAUGCUGGAUGUCCGAGUGCUCCGCAUUGGCUCUGGGGAUGUGCUAACCUUCUAUGAUGGGGAUGACCUGACAGCUCGGGUCCUGGGACAGUACUCAGGGCCCCGCGGCCACUUCAAGCUCUUUACCUCCAUGGCUGACGUCACUAUCCAGUUCCAGUCGGACCCCGGGGCCCCUGUGCUGGGCUACCAGCAGGGCUUCGUCAUCCACUUCUUCGAGGUACCCCGCAACGACACUUGUCCAGAGCUGCCCGAGAUCCCCAAUGGCUGGAAGAGCCCGUCGCAACCUGAGCUGGUACACGGCACUGUGGUCACCUACCAGUGCUACCCCGGCUACCAAGUGGUGGGGUCCAGUGUCCUCAUGUGUCAGUGGGACCUAACCUGGAGUGAGGACCUGCCCUCUUGUCAGCGGGUGACUUCCUGCCGUGACCCUGGGGAUGUGGAGCACAGCCGGCGCCUUGUAUCCAGCCCCAAGUUCCCCGUGGGGACCACCGUGCAGUAUCUCUGUGACCAGGGCUUUGUGCUGACGGGCAGCGCUGUCCUCACCUGCCAUGACCGCCAGGCCGGCAGCCCCAAGUGGAGUGACCGGGCCCCCAAGUGUCUUGUGGAGCAGCUCAAGCCGUGCCCCAGCCUUGGCGCCCCUGAGAAUGGGGCCCGAAGUCCUGAGAAGCGGCUCCACCCAGCAGGGGCCACCAUUCACUUCUCAUGUGCCCCUGGCUAUGUGCUGAAAGGUCAGGCCAGCAUCAAGUGUGUGCCUGGGCACCCCUCACACUGGAGUGACCCCCCACCCACCUGUGCAGCUGCCUCUCCGGAUGCGUUCUACAGCGGCCGCAGCCUGGAUGUUGCCAAGACGCCCGCUGCCUCCAGCGUCCUGGACGCUGCCCACAUUGCAGCAGCCAUCUUCCUGCCACUGGUCGCGAUGGUGCUGUUGGUGGGCGGUGCGUAUGUCUAUUUCUUCAGGCUCCAGGGGAAAACCACCCUGCAGCUGCCCCAGACACCCCCCCAGCCCUAUGACCGCAUCACCGUGGAGUCAGCAUUUGACAAUCCGACUUAUGAGACUGGAUUGCUUUGCUUUGCAGGAGACGAAAGAAUAGAAGUUUCCAUCUAGACGGCCCUGCGGCCCGGCCUGGCACCAGGCUCCUGGCUUCCUGCUGGCCUUGCACCUCUGUACAUACCACCUGGGAAGAGAUGCCACCAGCCCCUCAAGAAAUUGUGCCCUUCCCCACCUGCGAGGCCCACCAGGGCCUGUUUCCUGUUACCACUGCCCACAUAAAGCCCUUCCUUGGGUCCAAGGGCAUCGGGGGGCAUCUGCCGGAGGACAAACUCGCCUAGAGCACAUGCAUCAAGGACCAGCAUUCUCCUGACCCUCCCACCUUCCCUGUCCCUCCGACCUUGAACUCACCGGCAACGUGAUACCCAUCUGCACGUGACUGCCAUCAGCCCUGGCAGAGCAACAUGACAGUGGUGGAAACUGGGCGUGGGUGCUCCUCACAGGGCCAACACCAGUGGCCAAAACAGCUCUCUCCGGGGUGGCCUCAGAGUAGUCCCUAGAGGCCCAGCCCAGCCCUCAGGGAGGUCUCUGGUUCCUCUCUAGAAUGGACAGUUCAGCCUCCUUCUCCUUCCCAGUAGAAGUGAUGAUUCUAAGGGGUAUUAUGGGGCUCAGGGACCCUACUUAAAGCUCUGCCUGGGGUCCCCACCACACUACUUCCCUGGCAACCUUAUACCCAGAGGAGAAGAACUUCCCCUGAUGUCAAUCUGGAUGUUACCAGCCUUCUCUUUCCCAUCGUUCCUUCCUACCACCCCAGCCACUUGCCAGGUUUCCCUCCUGGCCACGUGUUUGUGGGCGAGAGAGUGGGCAGGCAUAUCCCAGAGAGCAGCAGAAGCCCCAGGAGUUUGGCGCAGAGCAGGGGUCCGAGAACCAGGAGGUGGCUGCAGGCCACUUUGUACAUGCAAUGUAUUAUAGGGGGUCUGGGCUCCUGUCAGAGAGCAAUCUUUUAUUUCUGUUGUUUCCUUAUUAAAAUGGUGUUUUGGAAAAAAACUAA